AACUAAAACUGGUGGACUACAAUAGAACGACCAGCGAUAGUGUUUUUUGGUUAGUCUCUGUGAAAAAAAAAAAUUUGAUGUGGAAGAGAAAAGAAGGAUGAAGAAGAACGAAAAAAGAGCUUUUUAGAGGCGAUGAUGGUCUCACUAGGAGCUUCAUGGGUUUCAUCCCCAUCUUCUUCUCUCAUCUUUAAUCGUUGCGUGAGAGUACAUUCGGUGAAAGCCACUGUCGAUGGUAGGAACCAGAUUGUUCCAUCGGCACAAAACCACCAAACCCCUAACAAAGAAGUAACGGAGAGCGUGAGUCUAUUGAAAACCGCUGCAAAAACUCGGAAAGUUGCAGCAGAUGAGAUUUUAGCUGCUUUUUCUGCUAUUGAAAAGGCUAAGGUUGAUCCAUCCACAUUCCUUGAAACACUAGGUGGAUCCGAGUCACCUGGACGUACAUGGAUGCUCAUCUUCACUGCCGAGAAGAAACUGAAGAAAGGUCGUUAUUUCCCUCUAACCGCUGUUCAGAGAUUUGAUGCUGCGGGGAAAAGAAUAGAGAAUGGGGUGUAUCUUGGUCCAAUAGGAGCUUUGACAUUCGAAGGAAGGUUUUCAUGGAAGAAUCGGAUCCUAGCUUUCAUCUUCGAACGGAUCCGUAUCAAGAUCGGACCUUUAGAUCCUCUAGAGAUUGGUUUGGGGAAGAAAGAAGCAGAAGUAGAGCCGAGUAACAAAGACCCUUUCUUCAUUUGGUUUUAUGUCGAUGAAGAAAUAGCAGUUGCUCGAGGAAGAAGCGGCGGUACAGCUUUCUGGUGUCGUUGUCGUCGCAUUGCUCCGUGAUAGUUCUCUUCUUCUUCUUCUUCUCAGAAAGAUUUCUCUGUAUCUAUCUCGACUGUGUAGUAACUCUGAUAGAUAUAUGUAAAAAACAGAUGGUUUCAUGGUUUGGUACUAAAAUGUAUCGGUUUACGGUUUGAUUAAACCUGUUUUAGUAGAAA